UCAUCUCCCCACCAAAAUAUUAUGCACACUUCAAUUUCAAUAACUUCCCCUGUUCACUUCUCUCUGUUUUCCUCACAUCACAUUAUUUCUUCUUCUAAGUUCUAACUAUGGACAGAAACCACUCCCACAGGCACCUUGCUGCCAUGAAACAAUCUCUCUUUGAUCAGGGAUUGCUGGAUGAACAAUUUAUUCAACUGGAAGAACUGCAGGAUGAUGCUAAUCCUAACUUUGUUGAGGAAAUUGUGACUCUUUACUACCGCGAUUCAUCGCGCCUUAUCUCAAACAUAGAUCAGGCACUCAAAGAGAGGAACUCAAUGGAUUUCAACAAGCUGGACACACUUAUGCAUCAGUUCAAAGGAAGCAGCUCAAGCAUCGGAGCCAAAAAGGUGAAAGCAGAGUGCAAUCUAUUUAGAGAAUACUGCAUGGCAGGAAAUGCAGAAGGAUGCAUAAGGAGCUUCCAACAACUAAAGAAAGAGUAUGCUGCACUGAAAAAGAAACUUGAAGCUUAUUUUCAGUUUGCUAGGCAAUCUGGGCCCUCUGAGACAGCGUGUCGCCCCAAAUGAAGACCUAGUAAAACUAUGCAUAUCAUAAGGACAAAUGUAUAUGGUGAAUCAAGUAACAUGAAAGAGUAUAUGUUCAUCACCGCAAGAAGAAAGUGAUGUUGUCCCGUUUGAGAUAUUUUGCUUUCAAAUAUCAUUUUUGUUUUCAUGGUAGUAGGAAUCCUGCUGUUGUACUUUUAUGCCUAUUACUAUAAUAUGCAUAUCUC